UUCGGAAGUUUAUCAAAUCAGUUCUAAAACUGAGCUGAUGUUAAACAUGUAAGAAAGAACUGUAAAUCAUGGACAGAGCAAUAAACUUUAAAAUAGAUGAGACGAUUUGUAACAACCAAUUUCAGAAAGCAGUCAGUUUAACUGAACAUCACCCUAUUUCAGAAAAUGGUUUGUCCCUGUGUUAUCUGUGAAACCAUCAUCCAACUUUUUGUACAUGGUCUUUUCGAAAGUGUACUAUGCACCUUUGCGCUUCAGUGUGUAUUUAAAUAGGACUGUGGGCGUAAACAGCCAAUAUAAUUCAGCUAUUGCAAGCAAAAUUGAAGUUUUAGUACAGAAAUUAAUAUACUUACUUAAAACUGUGUGUGUCAUCAUAAAAAGUCAUUCUAUUCACAAGGUAGGGAUCAUAAUAGUUGUGAAUACAUAGCUUUUCCAUCUUAGGACAGUUCACAAUAUCUAUUUCAAAAUGGCAACAAUUACUGCUGUAGGUUCAGUUUACUACAGUUCAGAUUUUGUGAAGGUCUAUGUUUGUGACGCAUGCACCAGUAAAAAUUUUGAAGAAAGUGCUGAUUAUUUUUGUGCAUCCUGUAAGAAGUUUUUCUGCAGAAAAUGCAUUUAUCAACAUGAUCAGUUAUUUGCAAACCAUUCCAAAUAUGGAAGAGAAGAAACAAAUCAAUGGCCUCUUACAAAGACACUGGAAAAUUUACUACUAAAAUGUGAUAUCCACAAGGAGAAGAAACUGGAAACUUUCUGUCAUGACCACAGUCAGCUGUGUUGCUCUGAUUGUGUUUUACUGGAUCACAGACAGUGUGUCAAUGUGAUUCGAAUUUGUGACUCAGUCAAAAAGAUGCCAUUGGAUAUGCAACAGUUGCCCAUCAAUCUUCAAACUAUUCUUGAGCAACUAAAUAAGUUUAAAUGUAGAAAAGAGGCCAGCAUGAAGUCUGUGGAUGUAUCAUGGAGUGAAAAACUACAAGAAAUCCGAGACCUGCGAAAUACUUUAAAUGCUGCUUUGGAUGCACUAGAAAAAACAACCUUGAAAGAACUUGAUGAAAUUAGGACCACAUUGCAAACCAUUCUCAAGAAUGAUGUUGACAACUGCAGCAGACUGAUCGAUGAACUGAAACAACUCAGUGAAGCCAUACAUGUCCUUUGUGAUAAGAGUGAAAAAGAAAUUGAAUUCAUAGCUAGCAGAAAAUGCCUGGACAAAAUACAGGAGUCUAAAGCAUUUCUGAAGGAGAUCACUGUGAAAUUGCAGAGUUCAAUGAUAUUCAAGGCAAACAUUGACAUUGAGAAGUACCUGUCUCAACAGGCAAGCUUAGGAAGAAUUGUAGACAGUAUGCAGUCUCUUACAUUGAAAACAAACCCAAACCAUGUGAUGACCGUGAAGAGGAUAUCCGAGUAUAUUGUGAGAAUAUCAAGUGACCCAAAUCAGACUUGCAGCAUCAGAGGUGUUUGUUGCCUGCCUGAUGGCCAGGUCAUUUGUGCAGAUUGUGAUAAUAGCAAAGUGAAGCUGUUAGACCAGAACUACAAUGUGGUCAGUCACUGUGAUGUGUCUGAUAGCCCAACAGACAUUUGCCAAAUUACAACCAGUGAGGUGGCUGUAAUUGUUGAUAAAGGUGUACAGUUUAUCGCUGCGAGCAAUGGGCAGCUGGUGAAUGGGAGGAAGUUCCAGUUACCGUAUGCAGCAUAUGGUAUUGCCCACCAUCAGGGAGCAUUGUAUAUCACCUCUGGCACUGCCCUGUACCAUCACUCUUUGAAUGGAUCACUUGUGAAAAAGCUGUUCGAAGAUACAAGUCGCUCUUAUACAGUGUUUAAAUGUGCAGUAAGUCCAGAUGGGGACAGGAUUUAUGUUACAAGCAACAAGAUUCACAAGCUCAUCACUCUGGCUACAAAUGGCAUCCUGAUAUCCACCUUCAUGGACCCUGAACUACAAAACCCUUGGGGUGUCCAUGUAACACCAUCAGGACAAGUGCUUGUCUGUGGGGGCGGCUCCAAUAUUGUGAUGCAGAUUGAUUGUGGGGGAAGAAAGAAACUGGCAACUUUUGCGUCACAGAAAGAUGGACUGAACAAACCAGUUUCAGUCUGCUACAACUCCAACAUUCACAAUAUUGUUGUGGGACUACAUGGUGGCAAUAAAGUAAUUGUUUUGAAAUUGCAAUAGCUCUUCCAGUGAAAAGAACAUUUUUAUAAAUAGGGUUAUUUUAUAUAAAUGUUAUACUUAUUUUUUAUUGUGCACAUUUAAUCAGAGAAGUAUAUAUCUAGGUAAAAAAAAGAUAUACAUGCUUUGUUUUUAACAAUGAAUUUAAAUUUAUUUUAAAUACGUUUUGUUAAUUCACUAGAGGUUGUACCAUUUUAAUAUGGAUGAUAAUUAUUUAUCAUUUUGAUGCUAAUUACAUCUUUAGUCUUUUUUCUUUUGGGCCAACAAUAAAAACGUCUUUGUUUGCCAUUUCCUACCUUACAAAUAACAUCCUUACUGGAAAGAAUUUUUGGAGUUGUAUUAAAAAAAUAAUUUAUUUAUAAUUUGUAAUUGACCUUGAGUUAUUAAGGAAACUGUUUCAACUGGACACCUGCCUAUAAUUUAUCAUAUUGAAAUUAGAGUGCCUUGUGUGUCAUAGAAUAUCUUUUCAACACCUGCACUUUGCCUUUAUUUAACUUUCGAUAUGCAACAAAUAUUUGACAAAAAAAAUAUCAUAAUUAUGUCCCCCUUCGAAGACGAGGGUAUAUAUUGUUUUGCUGGAUGUCGGCCCAUCUGUCUGUCAAUGGAUUGACCGAUUUGAUUAAAACUUCACAUGUGCAUUGGCCUUGGACUGUAGAUGACCCCUACUGAAAUUGGGGUCACUAGGUAAAAUGUCACUAUCACAAUCAGUGUGAAAAGCAUCUCUGUUCAAUAACUGGUCAACUAAUUGCCCGAUUAUUGGCUUAAUACUUCACAUGUGCAUUUGUCUUGGACAGUAGAUGACCACUAUUGAAAUUGGGGUCACUAGGUCAAAGGUCACUGUCACAAUAAGUGUGAAAAUCGUUUCCGAUAAAAAAAUAAACAAAUUGACUGAUUAGGUUGGUACUUCACAUGCGCAUUGGCAUUGGACAGAAGAUGAUCCCUAUUAAAAUUGGGGUCACUUGGUCAAAGGUCAUGGUCACUCUCUCAAAAAGCGUGAACAUCGUUUCUGAUCAAUAAUUCGACAAGGGAUUGACCGAUUGUCUUGAUACUUCACAUAAGCAUUGGCCUUGGACAGUAGAUGAUUCCUAUUAAAAUUGCUUAAAGGUCAAGGUCACUGUCACAAUAAGUGCCUUAUCGUUUCUGAUCAACAAUUCGUCAACAAAUUGACCCAUAGGCUUGAUACUUCACAUGUGCAUUGGCCUUGGACAUUAGAUGACCCAAACAUAAAUUGGGAUCACAAGGUCAAAGAUCUAAGUCAAUGUCACAAUUAACGUGAUAAUCGUUUCUGAUCAACCACUCGUCAACAAAUUGACCAAUUAGCUUAUUACUUCACAUGUGCAUUCGCAUUGGACAGUUAAGAAGACCCUUAUUGAAAUUAGGUUCACUAUGUCAAAGCACUGUUGGGGGCAUAUGUCUCCAACUGCGGAACUUUUGUAAAUGUUUGGUAAUACAUCUGCAGAUAUUUGUUUAAAAAUUAUUUUAAUGUAUUAAUAUUUGAUUAUAUACUGAUAUAAAUGCAUUUUAUUAUUCAUUAAUUUACUUUUGAGGGAUAAAUGUGUUUCUGUAAUAAUCCUUAUUUUUACAAUGACACUAAUGGUAUGUGGUAUAUGUGCCAUUUUCAUAUUUGUGCAUUUUGAAACAUAUUAUAGUCAUUAUCACGUAAAACAUAAGUUUUGAAAGAAUGAUACUUGGAAAUUUAAUAUAAUAUUGCUUAGUCAGAAGUGUUUCUUUGACAACUAAUUAAACUACUUCAGGCUUACAUUUUGACUGUGGUAAAACUAUAGUUUUAUAGUUCUGAAGUUUAUUUUCCUCUUAUAUGUAAUACAAAACCUCUGGUGGGUCUGGCUUCUUUUUUAGAAAUGACUCCUUAUUACUGUGUCAUGUAGUCUUUGAAACAUAAUAAACACACAUAACUCAA